AUGCCGGUAGUCACGAUGGUUGCUUCUCGAGGAGCUAACCCCAGCUCUCUCUGGCGCUCACGCACUCUUCUCUCACCCUCAGGUGUUCUUCCUUCUACAGAGCGUUUUCUAUCAUUCGAUUGUCAUCCGAUUACUCCCUACAAUGGCCGACUCUCGGCAAAUAACAGGGCUUCAAAGUCGCAUCUGCUGUGCAAAGUGACCACCAACAAGUCAUCCUCCUCCUCGUUCUCGACGUCUUCAUCCUUGAUGCUACCCGAAAACUGGGACGAAAAUCCGGACUUGUCAAUCACAAAUUUUUCGGAGCUUCCUUCCAAGGAUUUUGGAGUCAACCAGCACAUGAUCAUAAACCAAGAUUUCAAGGAGGCAUUGCGAAUGAUCCUUUGGCAGUUCAAAGCACCAAUCCGAUACGCAUUUGCCUAUGGGUCAGGUGUUUUUGCGCAAAAUGGCAGCGGAGCUCCGUCCAGCUCACUGCACCCCUCGGCGCCUACAGCCAUCCAAAACAUGCAAAAGGGGUCCGGGAAAAUGAUUGACUUCAUUUUCGGAGUUUCAUACUCCCAGCACUGGCAUGCUAUCAAUCUUAACCAAAAUCGUGAUCACUACUCUGCAUUAGGCUCGCUCGGGUCGUACACAGUCUCCCAAGUACAGGACCGCUUCGGCGCGGGAGUGUACUUCCAUCCUUAUAUCACCGUGAAUGGGACGAUGAUCAAAUACGGUGUGGUGAACCUGGAUACAUUAUGUCGAGAUCUCACGCAGUGGGACACCAUGUAUCUCGCUGGUCGUCUGCAAAAGCCUGUCAAGAUCUUGCGGGACCACCCGAAGGUGCGAUUGGCCAACCAGAUGAAUUUGUUGUCUGCUUUGCGUGUCGCACUGCUGUUACUGCCAGAAAGAUUCAGUGAGUUCGAGCUCUAUAGCACAAUCGCGGGUAUGAGUUAUAUGGGAGAUUUGCGCAUGGCUCUCCCCGCAGAGGAUCCCAGCAAGGUGCGAAAUAUUGUUUCAGGGCAAAUGGCGCACUUCCGCCGGCUCUACGCACCACUCAUCGAAAAUCUUCCCAAUGUUACUUUCCAAGACCCCCGCUGCAGCAUCGAGGAUUGGAUUGAUGACCCGAAUGCUAUCUUAGCCAUGGCGCAAGAUAUGGAUCCGGUGAUGCGUGGUAACAUGGUUCGUCGCUUGCCUGAAUCUUUCCGGCGAAAGCUGUAUUUCCAGUAUCAGUCUCGCUAUGAGAUCCCUCAAGCCGAUUUCGAUAAAAUGAUCCAGGAGGGUAAGGAUUCGGACGAGGUUCUUCGUCGGCCUCAAGGCGGUUCAUUUGAGCGACGGAUUUCUGGGGAUGACCACCUUCAGGAAGAGGUCUCCAAGUCUAUUGAGAAGACAAUCCGCUGGCCAAGUACUGUCCAAACGAUCAAAGCACCGUUUACUGCAGGCCUUGGUAAGAGCUGGACUUACAUCAUGGAGAAACGUGAUAAGCACAAGAAAUCUCGGAUGGCAGCCGCAUCAGCACUCGAGACCCCCUCUGGGGCGAAUAAGCCCGCCCAAGCACCAAUGUCGUCGGAGCUGAAGGAGACCAAGAAAGAAUAA